CCGCAACCCAACUCUUUCAUCACACUCCGCCGCCCGCGCCGUGUCUCUCAGCCAGAUUAGUCUACAACAGGAUAUCACACGAUGUGAGCUUUGGGUCACUCAUGGCAUCCUCUACAAAUGUCCAGUAUCUACCUCAUUUAGAGGAGGGUGAAGUGUCUCUGUUGGAAUUGGCAGCCGACGAUGCACGCGAUGUUGCGCCCUUGUCGGACAAGGAGACUAUGAUCCUGCAGCUAUACCAUCGGGUUCAGGAACAGAAGCUGGAAAAGGCGCUUCUACAGCAGAAGUCCGAAAAUGUCUCCGGAGAGAAUGUCGAAGAGCAACUCGCAAUCGCGGAACAAAAACUACUCGAGGCCCGAGCGACAUAUACCGUCAGGAGGAAAGCAGUGGGAACGGUUCUUAUGACCGAACCGAGUCUGAAGGCAGUUCACCUGAAAGCCACUUCACCAGCUGAACGAGAUCUUCUCCGUCUCAUCAAUCGCCGCGAUGUCCUGUCACUCGCACAUGAGAACCUCCAUACUGCACAUAAUGCGACGCUACGGCGCCUGUCGAACCUGGAGGUGGAGAACCGCCAGAUCCAUGACAAAAAUCGGGAACUAGUGCGCCAGCUGUUGGAAUUGUCCGGUCCAGAUGGUUCGUGGAGGGACCAACUGGAAGAUCGGGAUCUCCGGGCGCAACUGGACGCGCUAGAUGCGGAGCAGCAGAAGUGCCAAGCGCGUUGGGAAGUCAUGAAGAAUGUUGCUAGCGCGGUUGUGGUUGGUAGUGGCGUGAACUGGGCAGAUGAUGGCAAGCUCAGUGCACUUGUGCUUGAUGAAUCCGAUGAUUAAUUUAUUCAUCUGUUUAUUUUGUUCACCGAUUGUUGGUUAAUUGAUGUUCAGUUGUACAUAAGAAUUUGUCAAUUAAUCAUCACUUCAUUUUAUGUACAUUUUUACACUGCAUAUAAGUAAGUACAUACGGAAGUGAUCCGGAUUUGCUGAAACAUACAUACUGUUCUCCUGAGCCUUGCCCUUGCACUGGUUCUAGAGAUGCCUGC